AUGGUGGAUGCUGGAUCGGCUGGAUCACGACUACACGUUUAUCGGUUUCAUCAAUGCACACUUGAGGACCCAGUUGAAUUGAAGAAUGAGGAUUUAUUUGUGCAAACGAUACCAGGAUUAUCAGCGUAUGGUGAUGCCCCACAACAAGGUGCUGAAUCACUCGAUCCAUUACUGCAGAAGGCAUUGAAAGUGGUCCCAUCACGAUUGCAACGCAAAACACCUAUUGCUGUCAAGGCAACGGCUGGCCUACGAUUACUGGGAGAUGAGAAGAGUGAAUUGGUUUUGGAUGCAGUGUACGACCAUAUCAAACAACGAUAUCCAUUUCCGAUUGUGGGAGGACGUGAUCAUGGUGUAGCCAUUAUGGAUGGACGCGAUGAAGGUGUUUAUGCAUGGAUCACAGUGAACUUUUUAUUGGGAAACCUCGAUGGAUCAUCACAAAACAACCAACGACCACCAACAGCUGCCGUAUUUGAUUUGGGUGGUGGAUCAACUCAGAUUGUAUUUGAACCAGAACGCAGCGAUCUACUUGCCGAGGGUGAUCAUAAAUACACUUUGAAUUAUGAUGGCCGCAACUAUACCUUGUAUCAGCACUCUUACUUGGGCUAUGGAUUGAUGGAAGCUCGAAAGCGGAUGCACCAGCGUGCCAUGGAUAUUGCUAAGGAGGCUGUUGAACAUGUUGAUCACCCAUGUUUGCCACUCGACGUUGCUUUACCUUUCCCAAAAAACGAUCCCAAUCCACUUGUCACAUUCAAAGGAGGUGCACAGCCUGGAGCUUGUACUGAAAUGGUACUGGAUAUGCUCAACAAGAACGCCGUAUGUCUUGCACCACCAUGUUCGUUUGAUGGCAUCCACCAACCACCUAUUGCUGAAGCCUUCAAGAAGGGUCCUAUUUACAUCUUUUCAUACUUUUACGAUCGCACACAGCCUCUUGGAUUACCGGAUCGCUUCCAUUUACCACAAUUGCAACGUCUUACCGAAAGAGUGUGUGCUGGUGAUUAUCUCAACUCGAUUCCGGAAGGAGAACCUUUACGUGAUGAAAUGCUUGAUCGCCCAGAAUGGUGUCUUGACCUCUCUUUUAUCCAUGGUCUUCUCUCACACGGCUAUGAAAUUCCAGAUGAUCGUGAAAUACGUGUCGCCAAAAAGAUAGAUGGCAUUGAAACGGGUUGGUGCCUUGGAGCAGCCAUUGCACUUUUAGAUGCAGCAGAUUUGCAUGAAUAA